AUGUCUUCUUCCAACAUUGCUUUCUUCUUCAUUCUCACAUUACUCUCCACCCUCGCUUCCGGUCAAGCACCCACCACCACUCCCGCCGCCGCUGCACCAAAAUCCUCCCCCGUCCCAGCCGCUUCACCAAAAUCCACCGGCGCCGGAAAAUCUACUCCUCCUCCAACCUCAUCCGCCACUCCUCCUCCCACCUCCACCGCCACUCCUCCUCCCACCACCACCGCCACUCCCCCUCCCACUGAAUCCCAAUCCCAAUCUCCAACCUCCUCCGCAACUUCCCCUCAGGCUUCAUCUCCAUCUGCCACCACACCAGCCUCCGACUCUCCAGCUGCUAGUUCUCCCACCGAAUCCCCUCCCGCUCCCGUCUCUCCCACCACCUCUCCAUCCAUGUCUCCCGCAGCUUCCGGACCGGCUGAUGCCACCGUCGCCGAUGGACCAGCUGAGGCUCCUGGAAAUUCUGCCCCCGCCUUCAGAGUCUCCAUUGGAGGAUCAGUCGCUGCUUUUGUCGCCGUUGCUUUGCUGAUGUAG